AUGUGUAUGGGAGAGAUUCAAUCACCAGUUUUCUUAUUUGCGUACGGAUCACUGAUAUGGAGAGCUGGGUUCCCCUAUGAAUCAAGCUUUACUGGUUUUAUCAAGGGCUUUAGAAGGCGCUUUUGGUUACAAGAUACAUUCCAUAGAGGUGACGCCAAACAACCUGGGCGCACUCUAACAAUUGUAAAAGAGGAAGAUUACAACCAAAUCAUUCAAAACAACCUUGAGGAGGGAAUUUCGGAAGAUGUCAUCAACCAACGUUUCAUAGUGAAUGAUUGCUCUUGUCAGCAUCAGAAUUUCUUUAAGCGAAACGUCUCUACUCAUUCGAUCCAUGAGAAAGAUAACAACAACAACGAAACAGAUACAAGAGUGUGGGGCACCUGUUAUAAAAUACCCUUCGAACAUGCAGAAAAAGUCAUCAAGGAUUUAGAUUAUCGAGAAUUAGUGGCUGGAUAUCGAAAGACCUAUGUAUCCGUUUAUGUUUCGGAUUCGAUUGUGGCUUGUAGGAAGGCAAUUGUAUAUUAUUAUGACCCAUUUGAAAAGAGAGUAGGGGCCUCAACAUCAACUCCUUUUGUUGGCCCUGAAAAUUUGUGUUGUACUGCAAAGCAUAUUGCUAGGUCUUUUGGUCUUUCUGGACCUAAUAGAGAUUAUCUGUAUCGAUUACAUGAGCAUUUACCCAUGAGUGACAAGUACAUAGAUAACUUGGUUGAAUGUGUUCGAUCCAUUGAAUCUCACUAUCCAAUGAACAACUCGAUCCAAGCUGUGUUGAGAACGGAAGAAUUUAAGGGGACAAUUUUCAUUGACCAAGGUGCAACGUCAGCUCUCAGUCAGAGAUGCAAGAAUUUAUUGGCAUGUGGUAUUCGUCAAGUUUGUGGAGAGUUUGAACCAGAUGACAUUGUUGUUGUUGUGGACUGUCAUACAAACAAAGUGGUUGCCAAAGGAUUUUCCAACUUUUCUUCAUGUGACAUUCGAAAAAUACAAGGAAAGAAUUCAAAAACGAUUUGCCAAGAAUUGAACCAACGAACACAACCAGUAUUGAAUUUGUCGAUACCGUCUCAAACUCCACAUGAAGUGGUCAGUAAAUCACGAAUGAUUUUGCUGUAG